UGUUAGGUACAUACUGAAGUCAGUGAUUUUGACCUAUAAUAAUUGUUUUUUUAGCUACAUAAAAAUGCCAACGUGCUUUGUGCCAGGAUGCAAGGCAGGAUAUAAGUCAUCGAACAAGAAGAGACAUUUCUUUCGUGCUGCUAGCGAUAAGAUUGAGGAGUGGAUGCGAUGCAUUCCACGAGAUGACAAGAUGCUAACAAAUAAAUGUUACGUUUGUGACGUACAUUUUGCGAGUAGAUUUAUUUUAAAAACCUUCUCCCAUGGAGAGAAAGUAGAAAUUCCACGAGAUCACUGGGCAUUAACAUCGGAUGCAUAUCCAUCAAACUUCCCUAAUUGUCCUAAGUACAUUAGUAGGUCUGUACCUCAAAAACGAUCAACGCGAUGUCUCACAAGAAAUGAAGAACCAUCUAGGAAGGGAUCACAAAAAGACAAUACCAAAGAUUUGCAUGAUACACACUCCCAAGUAACAACUGUAGAAAAGGAAGUAGAAGAACCCUCCACAUCUGAAGCAGCAACUACACAGCAUCCUGAGCUGUUAUAUGUCAAUAAAAUCUCUGCUUUGCAGUCUGAAUUGUUAAAAGUCAAAGAGGAUUUAUAUCGGUGCAGAAAGCAAAAGAUGAUCUAUAGGAAGAAACUGAAAACCCUUCAAACAGAAAAUCUCAAGCUUCAUCAAGAAAAUACUGAACUUAAAAUGAAACAGUUGUCAGCUGAUAAACUUGAUUCCUUACCACCAAGACAGAAACUUAUAAUAGAGCACAUGCUGAAAGCAUGCCAUAUAAAAAGCAAAAAGGGUAUGAGAUAUGACAUUAAUUGGUUACUUGACUGUUUACUUUUAAAAAUUAGGUCACCAUCUCUCUAUGAAUUUUUGAGAAAUAAUGAUUACUUGCCUUUACCCUGUCAGUCUACACUGCAUCAAUAUAUCAGAGGCAUUAAUGCCAAAUUUGGAUUUGAUGAAGAUCUUUUUGUUAUUUUAAAGACAAAAUUGGAGACAAUUCCACAAACAGAACGCCAGGGAGUUUUAAUUUUUGAUGAAAUCACACUUCAAAAACAUAUAGAACUUUCAAAAGCUACUGGUGAAAUGAUUGGACUUGUUGAUUAUGGUGACAAUUCUGAAUUGCCACAGAGUGAAUUUACAGCAGGUGAUCAUGGCCUAGUGUUUAUGUUCAGACCUCACUUUGCUAGUUGGGUACAAUGUAUUGGCACAUUCUGUUCAAAAAGCUCUGUCCCAGGUUCUACUGUUGCAAAACUUAUUUUGCAAGCAAUUAUUCAUUUAGAACAGUGUGGUGCAAUAGUCAAUGCAAUAGUUUGUGAUGGUGCCAGCACAAACAAAGCAGCUUUAAAAGCUCUAGGAAUUUGUGCAGACACAAAUAAUAUACAAUGCUCAUUUACAAACCCUGCUGCAGAUAGACAAGUACUGGCUAUUAUUGAUGUACCACAUAUUUUAAAAUGUAUGCGAAACAAUCUUUUGAAAAAUACAUACUUUCAGGUAAAACUAAGAAAAUAAAGUGUUUUCACCUAAUUUAUAAUAUAAA